UGAAAAGUCUGUCUUUCCCCUGUCCGACAUGAAAACAACAGCAGUCACCGAUCUCUCAUGAUCUUUGACGAAAAACUGGAACGAAAUCUGUAGAUUUUUCAGCAUGUCUGAAACAGACUUAGAGACAAGUUUAGAUACCAGUUAUGGCUCCUGUGAGUCCGAUUUUUUUCAGGAUAAGUCAAACAUUUCCAAACCCAACCCGAAACGUAAGAAAACUGAUCAUUUCCUGCACAAGCUGUAUUGUCGUGAGAGUGGCUUGUCCCAGUUGAAACCAACAUUUCCCACUCCUCCAGCCCGUCUGAAAUUUCCUCUGCACAAAACUCUUCCUACAGCAACAUUACACAGCCAUAUCUUCCUUGGAAUAUCAUCAUGUGGGCAACUGCUCAUAACUUACACAUACACUACUGACUUUGAUGAUCGACCCAUUUCAUUCAAUACAAUUUUUAAGUAUCGAUUACAUUGGUGGGCCUUUGUGCCUUAUGCAGAGGCACGCAAAGUAGCUGAAGUUACACUCUUUGGAAACUACAAUGUGUAUUCCCCUCUUUACCUGGCUUAUUGUCAGUGGCCUAGAGACUCAUCCAAAAUUGUGGUUUUUGGACGAAGCAAUGAGUCUUUUAAUGGUCUUGUGACUCAAAACAUCAGAUCAUAUGUAACAGUGACAGCAGUACCCUCCUUGCAAAACUGUCAAGAAUGCCAGAAAGUUGCUGCAUCAUUUGAAGAAGAGGAUAUUGCUGCUAGCUGGGAUAGCUGUGCCAGAUUGAACUGCCUCAUGCAUGGUCUUACUGUUCAUACGUCAUUUGAUAUGGCUCCACCUUACCCAAAUUUUGUUGCAACCACUAGCAUGAAAAGCACUGGCCGGGUUGUCUUAAACUCUGGAAACUUUCUUCAUGUAUUGAGAGUUGGUCUCGAAAAUGUGUUUGAGACAAAAUCAACCAAAAAGUCCUCAGAUUCAUGUAACAUGCAGUCUGAGCAGUUUAUUUUUCGCUCUAGAUCUCUGGCAUCUUCAAACUUGAAUGUUCGCUUUAGCGAGUAUCAGAAUCAGACACUUAUUGGUUUGGAUCCUACAUCACUAACUGGAACUGCCACCUUGGAUCAUGCCAGUGAUUCACACAGCAUAGUCGAUGAACUUAACAUAAUCUCUCAGGGGUACAUUGGUUUGUCUUCAACUCAAAACAUCUGCAGCAGAACUGACUCAUUGACUUUAGAAACAGAUAGUGAUGCCAGUAGCCAAAGGUCAGCAAUUAUGAGCCCUCCACUUCGACGAAGAGCCCAUACCAAUAUGCCUCAGAGAAGUCAGCAAGGUCGCUUGAGUAGUAAAGCAGAUGCCGGAAAAGCAUAUGAUUUUAAUGCACAAAGAGAGGAUGAAAGAAUCUGUGAAAGCCUCAGCUCUUUCAGAAAACGAUGUUUAGCUGACAAAAAGUAUGAGUUUAGUGAAGAGGACACAGAGGACUGUGAAAACAUUGUACCAUUUCGAUUAAGUCGGCACUCGGAAGUUUCAAUUUUACCCUCUUCAGCCUAUCCUCUGCCUCCUUCUCCUUUAACUUUUACCACCAAGGACCGUAAUUCCUCAAGAAGUUCAAGUUCGUUGGGUGAUCCUUCUGAUGGACCUUCGACUUUGCGGUGGAAAAGUUUUGCUAAAAUUGGAAGUGGGCAUGGUGAAACAUCUGACACAAAUUCUUCUGGAUCAAUAUUUAUUGAUCCAAAUGUAGAACCUGAUAAAGUUGUGCUGCGACCUCACAACCGCAACCAUCCCCUACUGUCACCCAGGGAGCAAGAAAUCCCUCGGGAAAUUACUAAAAAGCCCUGCCAAUCUCAUGCAGAAGUUUCAAAUCUUUCUUCUUCUGCCCACUCCUUGCCUCCUGCACUAUUGGCUUUAAUUUCCACAGAUGCACGAUCUAGAUGUUCGUUGGUUGAUCCUUCCGAUGGAUCCUCUACUCUUCGCUGGAAAAGUUUUGCUCAAAUUGGCAGUGGGCAUGGUGAAACAUCCGAUUCCAAUUCUUCUGGAUCAAUAUUUUUAGACCCAAAUGUGGAACCUGAUAAAGUUGUACUCCGACCUCACAACCGCAACCAUCCCCUUCUAUCACCUAGAGAACAGGAUAUGCCUAGAGAAUCAAACAAAAAACAUUUGUCAUUUGCAGACAAUGCAAAUCUUUCAUUAACGCAGCCACUCUUGUCUCCCCCCCAACCUCGACUGGGUCCUGACAAAGGUGAAAGUUCCCAUUUAGAUAAUACCAGUGGUGAGCCAAGUGGAGUGGAUUCAGCCAGGAGUAUGUUCCCAACAAAAAGUAUUAACUCCUUCAAACACUCAGAUACCUCAAAGAAUGUGUGUACCAGUGUUGAGCCCAGUGCGGUGGAUUCGGCCAGGAGUAUGUUCUCAACAAAGAGUACUAGCUCCACUAAACACACAGAUACCUCAAAAAGUGUGGAUACAGUAAAACUUAUGGAUGCUUCAAAACGUGUUAAUUCCUCAGAGGCAGAGUUUUCAUGGUCAAAAGGUGGAUGCACUGUGCAGUUUGAACGCCGCUUCAUAGAAGUCGAUGACGAGCUUGUGUCUGUUAUAACAGAUAUAGAAGAUGAUGAUGAAAGUGGUGGAACUGGUUUUCACAGUGCUCUUCCUCUUGAGGUCCAUGGUACUGGUUAUGUACAGAUGCAGAUGAUUUCUAAUUCUAAGGCUGAGAAGUUGAUGGCACCUUGUGCUCUGGUUCAUCAGAUGAGCUUUGAUAUUGAGCAAUUUUGUCAUGAAGUCGCAGAAGUCUUAUGUGAAAAAGCAGGAAUGAAAUUCUGGUACUGCAAUAAUUAUGAUGUGGAAAUUGUUGAUGUGUGUCCACAGUCAGCUGAUGUAAUAUGUUUAGCUUAUAUGAAGAUUAAAGCUACCUUAAAAUUAAAAGGUGCUCCAAAAAGCAAAAGGCUAACAAAUGAUCGUCAGCAAUACCAGACCAGUUGUCUGUUUGUGUGGAAUAUGAAUACAAGCAUGUACAGAGUUGAGAGAGCGGGCGACCUGGAUCGGCUGGAGACAAAUUCUCAAGACGAAGCAGAGCUAUCAGAUCUGAGAGAUAUUCAAUUUGCUGCCAGUAGUCCAGAACAAUCUGAUGACUGGAACCCAGCUAGAAAAGAGGCCCAGCAAUUGCGGGAAAAUGGUGUUCUGCAUUGUUGGGGUGCUAACCAGCCCCCUGUGAAAGUUAUGACAAAUGUUAGCGUUCUUGAAGGAACUUCCUUGCAAGAAAUCAAGCAUAAUGAAACUGGCAUCUCUUUUGUGUUGUAAGCAAUAUGCAUCCACCCCAGUCACAAGGAUGCGUAAUUCCCAUGAACUGUUUUAAAUAGGUGUAUAUAUGUGUUAUUUUAAUGAAUUAUGAAGACUCAGGCUGCGCCAAACUCGUGAUAUUAAGUUUAGUACCUUUCCACCUCUUCCAGUUUUCUGUUAAUGUUAAAGCCUCUUCAUUUCUUUCCCUUCCCUUGAGUAUACAUAUUUACCAAUAUGUAUAAUAAAUGCCAUGGAACAGCAUGGCUUACUCGAGCUCAAUAUGCAAGUCUGCUGUUGAUAUAAUAAAUGCAUAACAUUAAUACUAAUAAUUUCUUUGUAUGUCAACAUGUGUUGUGUAAUGAUGCUUUGGGAAGCAUUUGUGAUCAAUGAAGGUGCGCUCUCACUCGUGUCGCGAUGGGUAACGUAAAGAACGUGACAGAAGCCUCCUAGGUUCAUUUCCAAAACCUAAGAAUUUAGCAGGUUCUUGUCGAUACGACCUUGAGCGCACCUCAACAGUGAUCUUUGUUUACCACCUUGUUUUUCCCUUAUAUUUUGUGAUUAUAUUGGCACUGGUCAAAGAUGUUUCACUUCCUCUCUACCAUUUAUAUUAAGUAAGGACAAUCGGCAAAAAGAACAAACUGUUAUACCUGCCUUUUCCCCAUGUAUUUUCGAGCAUUGCUCUGUGGUACUAUCUCUUCUGCACUUUGCAGUUUGACUGUAAAUUAAAUACAAAGUGUGUUUUAUGGGACUUAUUAGUGUAGGCUAUUAUUUAUCAAUAUAAGUUAUUGUGGAUUUACUGGUGUGUUUUAACUUUCUGUUGAUGAAGAUUUGGUCUCAUUCUUUGUUGGGGCAGGAUCCUGGGUGGGGAGGCGUUUAUGUUUGCAGGUUGUGUGUGUGACCCUCUCCCUGUUGUGGCAGCAGGUUGUCUCCGUUUGAUCCUCCCCAGGACGCACCCAGGACCUCUGCUUUUAGGACUAUUUGUAUGUACUGGGUUGCGGUGUUAUUGUGGACAAGAUGAAGAGUGAAGCUUAAUUCUCCUGUCAUCAGCAUUUUUCUCAUUGGAAGUGCAUUUAAGUUUGUUUACAUAAUUCUUAUAUUAUCAGUAUGAAUUAUUUAUAUCCUCCCCUCUCUCCCUCUUUCAAGCAGUAUUGCUCAACUAAAUUAAAUCUUUUUGUUGACAUGAUUACAUUUAUUUGACCAAAUUUUGAGUUGCUGCUAAGUUUUGCUCGUUCCUUUUGUGUAAUCCUUUCAAUGUGGUGGAGUGUCAUGAGGAGUCUCGAGUUGCAGCUCCAGUGUUCAUGUUCAGGGCCCUUCCUGAAAUCCAAGGUGCUUUGUCACACUGCACAUGAAACAAAAACAAAAUGUAUCCUUUCAUACUGUCUGUGAUAUUUACUCUCACUUAUUUACUGGAGAUGCCACUUAAGACCCAUGGCUUUGGGUAUGAUAGUGCUUAAGACAAACCUUUAUAAUAGGUAGUUUUUUAAAUGAGGCUCAAGUCGUUCUAUUAUUUUUAUUACUGGGUCUUUACUUUUAGUGGAAUGUGGAACAAUUUUGCAGGAGUCUGUCCUAGUGGGUUAUGAACGGUUUUAGUGCACAUCAGCAGUUGAAAGUCAAUAGUUGUUGUUAAUGCUGAAUGCUUCGUCCUGGCAAAUGAAAGGUUUCAUGUUUAAGAUUUUAGCAUUGGUACAAGAAAGUUUGAUCUAUUCUAAAUUAUCUCUCUAUGAGGCUAGUGACAUGUACCGGUAAUUAACCAUACUCUUUUAAGCAAUGUUUUAUUUCCUGUGUUCUUAUCACCUUUUCCUUCCUGUUUUCAAUCCCCAAUUAUUUAUUAUAUUGACUUAAGGAAAGUUUGAAGUGGUUUACAUCAUUGAUCCUAAAUCAGUUACCAAAUAGAAAACAGUUGGAAUUAAAUCUACUGGUAAAUUCAAGCAACCUGUAACGACCUAUGCAGGUGUUAAUUAAAUGAUGAUGCAGAUGUUGCCUUUAUUAUCAAAGGAGCAUGGUAUUUGAUGCUUAGAUGCUUGCAUCUCAAUGUUAUGGACUUCUUUUUCUCAAGUGAAAGUAAUCCCUAGCAAACUGAUGGGAUCAGUGAUAAGAUAUUGUUUCAUCAAGGCCAUGAUCUGCCAAGUUAUUCCUAGUUGUAUUUACAUAAUACUGCAUAGGAACCGAGAGGAACUGUCAGUUACUUGCAAUACAUUAUUUGUAUUUUCAUUGUCAAAAUGAUCAUGUAGAAUUUAGUAAUAUACUAGGUAGGGCAGAACACCAUGAUACUGUAAUUUCCUAUAAGUUUGCAGUUCCAUAUUACUCAGCAUUCAGCUUGUUUAAUCAGACAAGUUUGCAUAGGAAUGUAUGGUGUAUAGGCUGCUGCUAUCUUAAGCCAAUCUAGAAAAAUAUAUUUAAUUAAAUGACAGCGAUUCUGCCCUACCUGGUUUUAUAAUGAUGUGACAUACCCUAAGGACUGUGUGAUUAUGAUAAAUAUGUUUCUUUGUGUAAAUAUAGUUGAGUGUUGAAUUAAUUCUCGUCAUCAUUGUUUUCUGAAUGAUGUAAAGCAAACCACUUUUUUUGUCCUUUGUGUACUAUGCAAACUUAAAUGUGUUCGAGAUCUUUAUUCAAGUCUGCAUACAUAUACGAGGUCAAGAACAUGUCCAUGGCUGCAUGCUUGCCAAGUACAUGUGCAUCCUUUUAAGUAUGCACACACAGGUCAUUUGUGUUGAGUAAACAUUUCAGUUUGCAGAGUACCAAACCCUAUAUUCAGAUCUCUGUGAUGUUAUUGAAAAGAAAUGUUUAAAUUGUGAACAAGAUGAGUGAGACAUAAAGGGGAAAAAAUUAAGAAUAUGUGAAAUUGAUCUAGUGAUUGAUGUGUUUUGAGUGCAGUCUUCAACUUCUUUCAGUUUGUGUCUGCACUGUGGACUGAAUACACUAUGGUUUCCUUUCCUUUGAAGUUUAAACAAUUUCAUUUCAAUGUUUGUAACCAACAAAAGUCCAAAAAACAAAUCAUUAUAAUA